GGGAAGGAGCAAGAAAAAACAGAGCAGAAGAUCAAUGGAGGAUCUGAAAGUAACAGUAUUAAUGGUAGUAGCUCAGGUGCUUGAGGUAGGCAUGAACACUCUGAUCAAAGCAGCCACCGCCAAAGGGAUGAGUGACUAUGUCUUCAUGGUCUACUCAAAUGUCAUGGCUUUCUCUCUCCUCCUUCCAUCUUCCUUCCUUUAUUACAGAAACCGACCUUCUCCCUCCAUCACCAUCUCAAUCUUCUGCAGAAUAUUUCUUCUCAGCUUGCUCAUUUGUGCAGCGCAGACAUUAUUAUAUACAGGUAUUGGAUAUAGCUCUCCAGUUCUUGCUUCAGUCAUGUCUGAUCUCUCCCCAGCUUUUACCUUCCUUCUUGCCAUCAUUUUAAGAUAUGAAAAAGUGGAGGUAAGGCAGGUGAGCAGCCAUGCAAGGUGUAUAGGGACAGUGUUGUCCAUUACAGGAGCGUUAACAGUGACACUGUACAGAGGAGAGGCAAAUGGGGGAGAUUCCAAGGUGGAAGAUGGGUGGCUUCUCGGAGGCAUUUUACUUGCACUCGGCAACUUCUGUGUUUCAGUCAUUUUUAACGUCAAGACAUGGAUAAUGAAGGAGUAUCCUGAAGUUGUGAUGGUGGCAACCAUAUCAUGCGGCUUUGUGGCAGUGUUAUCCGCCAUUGUUGCUGUCAUUGCUGAGAUAAAUAAUGCUCAAGCAUGGACUCUUCGCCCUGAUCUGGAGCUGGCCGCUAUAUUAUAUUCUAGCAUCAUUGUCGGAUUAGUGAGAAGCAUGAUGUAUAUAUGGGCAUGCGGAAGGAAGGGACCUGUCUACGUCGCCAUGUUUUCUCCUUUAGGGAUGAUCUUCGCUGUUGCCAUGGGACUUAUCUUUCUCGGCGAAUCUGUUUCUCUUGGAAGUGUGAUUGGUGGUGGGGUGAUAGCUAUUGGGUUUUAUGGCGUUCUAUGGGGUCAGGCUCAGCAGGAAAAGAUGGCUUUUGAGAAACAAGCAAUUUGUAGCUGUGUGUCUUCAUCAUCGUCUUCUUCUUCUAAUAAUGCAGGGCCUCUUCUUCAGAACCAACGUGUGUGA